AUGAUGGAUUCAGCUGGUGCAAGCAGCAAAAGAAGCGAUGAGAAGUCAUUGGAAUCGGGAGGCCACAACCACAAAAAUCACUUCUUUCAUCUGGUUUUAAGGAUUAGCUUGCUAUUCCUAGCGGUUGUUCCAGCAUGUCUGGUUCUUUAUCACUCUCUCAAUUCUUUCCAAUUCUUCCCCAACUCCUUGUACAACCCAUCAGCCUCUUCUCAAGACUCUGCUCGUGGAAUCAUAUCUUCUCUGGCCAAGGAUGAUCCUGCGUUAGUGAGAGUCUUGAAAGAAGCAGCAAUGACAGACAAAACAGUCAUUAUAACUACACUAAAUGAAGCCUGGGCCGCGCCAAAUUCAAUAUUUGAACUCUUUAUUAGGAGUUUCGGAAUAGGGAAUCAAACUCAAGGGCUCUUGAAUCAUUUGCUAGUUGUUGCUUUGGACCAAACGGCAUAUGCUCGUUGCUUAGCAUUGCACAAGUAUUGUUAUACUCUCAACACUCCAGACAUCGACUUUUCAAGCGAAGCACAUUUCAUGUCCACUGACUACUUAAAGAUGAUGUGGAGAAGGAUCGAUUUUCUUCGUAGCGUUCUUGAUAUUGGAUACAACUUCAUCUUUACGGAUAAUGAUAUAAUGUGGCUUCGAGAUCCAUUUCCACGUUUUUACCCGGAUGCUGAUUUCCAGAUUGCAUGCGAUCAUUUUUAUGGCGACUCGUUUGACUUGAACAACUGGCCCAAUGGAGGAUUUAACUAUGAAAAAGAGUAA